AUGGGCGGCGGCCAUCGCUGCGACAGAACUCCAGUAGUGUUCGAUCGGGAGGCGGCCGCGUCUUCCUCUACCGAUUGGCCAGAGUGGGCAGCAUGCGUGGGGGCGGCCGGCGGUGCGGCCAUCGACCGCCGCCGCGACGCCGACAUCGCGGCUCAGCGGCGCGCGGAUCUGCACCGGGGCCCGCUGCCCGCUCAGCUGUGGCGCUCCGUGUGUGUUGCAACUGCUCAGCCCAGCAGCAGCAGUCCAGCCGGCGGCAGCAGCGGUCCAGCGGGCGGCAUCAUCGGUCCAGCUGGCGGCGGCAGCGGUCCAGCCGGCGGCGGCAGCGGUCCAGCGGGUGGCAUCAUCGGUCCAGCCGGCAGCGGUCCAGCCGGCGGCGGCAGCGGUCCAGCCGGCGGCAGCAGCGGUCCAGCCGGCGGCAUCAUCGGUCCAGCCGGCGGCAGCAGCGGUCCAGCCAGCGGCGGCAGCGGUCCAGCUGGCGGCAGCAGCGGUGCAGCCAGCGGCAGCAGCGGUCCGGCCGGCGGCAGCAGCGGUCCAGCCAGCGGCAGCAGCGGUCCAGCCGGCGGCGGCAGCGGUCCAGCCGGCGGCAGCAGCAGUCCAGCCGGCGGCAGCAACGGUCCAGCGGGCGGCAUCAUCGGUCCAGCCGGCGGCGGCAGCGGUCCAGCCGGCGGCGGCAGCGGUCCAACGGGCGGCAUCAUCGGUCCAGCCAGCAGCGGUCCAGCCGGCGGCGGCAGUGGUCCAGCCGGCGGCAGCAGCGGUCCAGCCGGCGGCAUCAUCGGUCCAGCCGGCGGCAGCAGCGGUCCAGCCAGCGGCGGCAGCGGUCCAGCUGGCGGCAGCAGCGGUGCAGCCAGCGGCAGCAGCGGUCCGGCCGGCGGCAGCAGCGGUCCAGCCAGCGGCAGCAGCGGUCCAGCCGGCGGCGGCAGCGGUCCAGCCGGCGGCAGCAGCGGUCCAGCCGGCGGCAUCAUCGGUCCAGCCGGCGGCGGCAGCGGUCCAGCCGGCGGCGGCAGCGGUCCAGCGGGCGGCAUCAUCGGUCCUGCCGGCAGCGGUCCAGCCGGCGGCGGCAGCGGUGCAACCAGCGGCAGCAGCGGUGCAGCCAGCGGCAGCAGCGGUCCGGCCGGCGGCAGCAGCAGUCCAGCCGGCGGCAGCAGCGGUCCAGCCGGCGGCAGCAGCGGUCCAGCCGGCGGCAUCAUCGGUCCAGCCGGCGGCGGCAGCGGUCCAGCCGGCGGCGGCAGCGGUCCAGCGGGCGGCAUCAUCGGUCCAGCCGGCAGCGGUCCAGCCGGCGGCGGCAGCGGUCCAGCCGGCGGCAGCAGUGGUCCAGCCGGCGGCAUAAUCGGUCCAGCCGGCGACAGCAGCGGUCCAGCCAGCGGCGGCAGCGGUCCAGCUGGCGGCAGCAGAGGUGCAGCCAGUGGCAGCAGCGGUCCGGCCGGCGGCAGCAGCGGUCCAGCCAGCUGCAGCAGCGGUCCAGCCGGCGGCGGCAGCGGUCCAGCCGGCGGCAGCAGCGGUCCAGCCGGCGGCAUCAUCGGUCCAGCCGGCGGCAGCAGCGGUCCAGCCAGCGGCGGCAGCGGUCCAGCCGGCGGCGGCAGCGGUCCAGCCGGCGGCAGCAGCGGUGCAGCCAGCGGCAGCAGCGGUCCGGCCGGCGGCAGCAGCGGUCCAGCCGGCGGCAGCAGCGGUCCAGCCGGCGGCAGCAGCGGUCCAGCCGGCGGCAUCAUCGGUCCAGCCGGCGGCGGCAGCGGUCCAGCCGGCGCCAGCAGCGGUCCAACCGGUGGGGGCAGCGGUCCAGCCGGCGGCGGCAGCGGUCCAGCCAGCGGCGGCAGCGGUCCGGCCGGCGGCAGCAGCGGUCGGGCCAGCGGCAGCAGCGGUCCGGCCGGCGGCAGCAGCGGUCCAGCCGGCGGCAUCAUCGGUCCAGCCGGCGGCGGCAGCGGUCCAGCCGGCGGCGGCAGAGGUCCAGCCGGCGGCAGCAGCGGUCCAGCCGGCGGCGGCAGCGGUCCAGCCGGCGGCAUCAUCGGUCCAGCUGGCAGCGGUCCAGCCGGCGGCGGCAGCGGUCCAGCCGGCGGCAGCAGCGGUCCAGCCGGCGGCAUCAUCGGUCCAGCCGGCGGCAGCAGCGGUCCAGCCAGCGGGGGCAGCGGUCCAGCUGGCGGCAGCAGCGGUGCAGCCAGCGGCAGCAGCGGUCCGGCCGGCGGCAGCAGCGGUCCAGCCGGCGGCAUCAUCGGUCCAGCCGGCGGCGGCAGCGGUCCAGCCGGCGGCGGCAGCGGUCCAGCGGGCGGCAUCAUCGGUCCAGCCGGCAGCGGUCCAGCCGGCGGCGGCAGCGGUCCAGCCGGCGGCAGCAGCGGUCCAGCCGGCGGCAUCAUCGGUCCAGCCGGCGGCAGCAGCGGUCCAGCCAGCGGCGGCAGCGGUCCAGCUGGCGGCAGCAGCGGUGCAGCCAGCGGCAGCAGCGGUCCGGCCGGCGGCAGCAGCUGUCCAGCCAGCUGCAGCAGCGGUCCAGCCGGCGGCGGCAGCGGUCCAGCCGGCGGCAGCAGCGGUCCAGCCGGCGGCAUCAUCGGUCCAGCCGGCGGCAGCAGCGGUGCAGCCAGCGGCAGCAGCGGUCCGGCCGGCGGCAGCAGCGGUCCAGCCAGCGGCAGCAGCGGUCCAGCCAGCGGCAGCAGCGGUCCAGCCGGCGGCGGCAGCGGUCCAGCCGGCGGCGGCAGCAGUCCAGCCGGCGGCAGCAGCGGUCCAGCGGGCGGCAUCAUUGGUCCAGCCGGCGGCGGGAGCUGUCCAGCCGGCGGCGGCAGCGGUCCAGCGGGCGGCAUCAUCGGCUCAGCCGGCAGCGGUCCAGCCAGCGGCGGCAGCGGUCCAGCCGGCGGCAGCAGCGGUCCAGCCGGCGGCAUCAUCGGUCCAGCCGGCGGCAGCAGCGGUCCAGCCAGCGGCGGCAGCGGUCCAGCUGGCGGCAGCAGCGGUGCAGCCAGCGGCAGCAGCGGUCCGGCCGGCGGCAGCAGCGGUCCAGCCAGCUGCAGCAGCGGUCCAGCCAGCGGCGGCAGCGGUCCAGCCGGCGGCAGCAGCGGUCCAGCCGGCGGCAUCAUCGGUCCAGCCGGCGGCAGCAGCGGUCCAGCCAGCGGCGGCAGCGGUCCAGCCGGCGGCAGCAGAGGUGCAGCCAGUGGCAGCAGCGGUCCGGCCGGCGGCAGCAGCGGUCCAGCCAGCUGCAGCAGCGGUCCAGCCGGCGGCAGCAGCGGUCCAGCCGGCGGCAUCAUCGGUCCAGCCGGCGGCAGCAGCGGUCCAGCCAGCGGCGGCAGCGGUCCAGCCGGCGGCGGCAGCGGUCCAGCCAGCGGCGGCAGCGGUCCGGCCGGCGGCAGCAGCGGUCGGGCCAGCGGCAGCAGCGGUCCGGCCGGCGGCAGCAGCGGUCCAGCCGGCGGCAUCAUCGGUCCAGCCGGCGGCGGCAGCGGUCCAGCCGGCGGCGGCAGAGGUCCAGCCGGCGGCAGCAGCGGUCCAGCCGGCGGCGGCAGCGGUCCAGCCGGCGGCAGCAGCAGUCCAGCCGGCGGCAGCAGCGGUCCAGCGGGCGGCAUCAUCGGUCCAGCCGGCGGCGGCAGCGGUCCAGCCGGCGGCGGCAGCGGUCCAGCGGGCGGCAUCAUCGGUCCAGCCGGCAGCGGUCCAGCCGGCGGCGGCAGCGGUCCAGCCGGCGGCAGCAGCGGUCCAGCCGGCGGCAUCAUCGGUCCAGCCGGCGGCAGCAGCGGUCCAGCCAGCGGCGACAGCGGUCCAGCUGGCGGCAGCAGCGGUGCAGCCAGCUGCAGCAGCGGUCCGGCCGGCGGCAGCAGCGGUCCAGCCAGCGGCAGCAGCGGUCCAGCCGUCGGCGGCAGCGGUCCAGCCGGCGGCAGCAGCAGUCCAGCCGGCGGCAGCAGCGGUCCAGCGGGCGGCAUCAUCGGUCCAGCCGGCGGCGGCAGCGGUCCAGCCGGCGGCGGCAGCGGUCCAGCGGGCGGCAUCAUCGGUCCAGCUGGCAGCGGUCCAGCCGGCGACGGCAGCGGUCCAGCCGGCGGCAGCAGCGGUCCAGCCGGCGGCAUCAUCGGUCCAGCCGGCGGCAGCAGCGGUCCAGCCAGCGGCAGCAGCGGUCCGGCCGGCGGCAGCAGCGGUCCAGCCAGCUGCAGCAGCGGUCCAGCCGGCGGCGGCAGCGGUCCAGCCGGCGGCAGCAGCGGUCCAGCCGGCGGCAUCAUCGGUCCAGCCGGCGGCAGCAGCGGUGCAGCCAGCGGCAGCAGCGGUCAGGCCGGCGGCAUCAGCGGUCCAGCCAGCGGCAGCAGCGGUCCAGCCAGUGGCAGCAGCGGUCCAGCCGGCGGCGGCAGCGGUCCAGCCGGCGGCGGCAGCAGUCCAGCCGGCGGCAGCAGCGGUCCAGCGGGCGGCAUCAUUGGUCCAGCCGGCGGCGGGAGCGGUCCAGCCGGCGGCGGCAGCGGUCCAGCGGGCGGCAUCAUCGGCUCAGCCGGCAGCGGUCCAGCCGGCGGCGGCAGCGGUCCAGCUGGCGGCAGCAGCGGUGCAGCCAGCGGCAGCAGCGGUCCGGCCGGCGGCAGCAGCGGUCCAGCCAGCGGCGGCAGCGGUCCAGCUGGCGGCAGCAGCGGUGCAGCCAGCGGCAGCAGCGGUCCAGCCAGCUGCAGCAGCGGUCCAGCCGGCGGCGGCAGCGGUCCAGCCGGCGGCAGCAGCGGUCCAGCCGGCGGCAUCAUCGGUCCAGCCGGCGGCAGCAGCGGUCCAGCCAGCGGCGGCAGCGGUCCAGCCGGCGGCGGCAGCGGUCCAGCCGGCGGCAGCAGCGGUGCAGCCAGCGGCAGCAGCGGUCCGGCCGGCGGCAGCAGCGGUCCAGCCGUCGGCAGCAGCGGUCCAGCCGGCGGCAGCAGUGGUCCAGCCGGCGGCAUCAUCGGUCCAGCCGGCGGCGGCAGCGGUCCAGCCGGCGCCAGCAGCGGUCCAACCGGUGGCGGCAGCGGUCCAGCCGGCGGGGGCUGCGGUCCAGCCGGCGGCGGCAGCGGUCCGGCCGGCGGCAGCAGCGGUCGGGCCAGCGGCAGCAGCGGGCCGGUCGGCGGCAGCAGCGGUCCAGCCGGCGGCAUCAUCGGUCCAGCCGGCGGCGGCAGCGGUCCAGCCGGCGGCGGCAGUGGUCCAGCCGGCGCCAGCAGCGGUCCAACCGGUGGCGGCAGCAGUCCAGCUGGCGGCAGCAGCGGUCCAGCGGGCGGUAUCAUUGGUCCAGCCGGCGGCGGCAGUAGCGGUCCAGCCAGCGGCGGCAGCGGUCCAGCCGGCGGCGGCAGUGGUCCAGCCAGCGGCAGCAGCGGUGCAGCCAGCGGCAGCAGCGGUCCAGCCGGCGGCAGCAGCGGUCCAGCCGGCGGCAGCAGUGGUCCAGCCAGCGGUGGCAGCGGUCCAGCCGGCAGCAGCAGCGGUCCGGCCGGCGGCGGCAGCGGUCCAGCCGGCGGCGGCAGCGGUCCAGCUGGCGGCAGCAGCGGUCGAGCAGGCGGCGGCAGCGGUCCAGCCAGCAGCAGCAGCAGCAGCAGCAGCGGCCCCAGCCCCAGCCUCGUCCGUGGCAGCAGCAGCUGCAGCGUUCCUGCCAGCUGUCUCCAGUGCCAGCAGUUUGGGAUUCUGGUCCUCGUCUUCGCUGCUUCACUUUUUUAG